AUGUCGCGUUUAGACAACCACUGGGAGCCCGGGACGAUGCGACUCGUCCUCCUGGCGGCCGCGAUCACAUUUAUCGGACAGUUGUUGUUCACCUUAUUCCCGUUCUUCGUCUUUGCGCGCGAGGACCCGACGGUGUUUUACUAUCAAUUCUUCAUGACGUGCUGUGUGGUGGGCCGAGUCAUGGCGGUCAUCGGCGCCGACAGCAUUGCCCCGAUUUUCUUGAUUGGGCUCAGUAUUUUGGCGUGCGGGUUCUCGACUUGCGUGUUCAUCAUCGACAAGGGGCUGACGCUGGGCACGGCGCUGGCAGCCUUCUCAUUGUCACAGCUUCUGCCGGGCGCCCUUACCUACGCGAAACAUACGCUGCUUCUGAAGGGCGCC